GGGGGCGGGGAUGAGUGCCACAAACAGGGGUUGUGACUGUUUUCACAGUUUUGCUUAGACGAAAAACACUAGCCAAGGCGCCUGAGAGUCGCCGCUGCCAGGGGAGGACCGGGGAAGUCCGCGGGUCCCGUGAGUCCUGCGCGCUGGCGGCGUCCGGCCACCUCCGACCGAUCCACGUAGCACCUCAGCUGCGGCUCUUGCGCGACGCUCCCCGGUUCUCGCUACCUCGCAGGGGUCGGAGUCCCGCGGCCUGCGCAGCCCUGCUCUCAGUAUUCCGGCUGACGGGAAGGAAGAAGGAAGAAGGGCACAACCUGAAGCUGGCGAGUUGCACUCUCUUGGUGUCCUCGUGGCCAGUGCCUCCUUCAGGGGAAGCUGGAGAAAGCAGACUGAAAUCCCGGGUUCUGCUGAGGGGACACUGAAGCACCAGGAGGCCAAGUGGCAGAAGCAGGCUGGGGACCAAUCUCNGAGCUCCUUCAUCUCUGGAAGAACAAUUUGGAUGUUGCCCGUCAUUGCUCUCUGGCACAUGAUGCUCAGUAACUGGAGAUGGCUUGUGUAUCUGGAGGGGCAGAGGCUUAAGGCAGAGCCUGAGAGGAGAGAGCAGGCCCUGUGUGGAGCUAAGAACCCCCUUCUCCCAGCCUCCUGCUCAGGCCACUGCCGGUGGAAUGGCCAGCCUGCAGGAGGCCAAUGGAAGCACAGCGUGGCCACCGCCCCCAGCAUCCAAUAUCAGUGAGCCCCACCAGUGCCUGCUGCUGCUAUAUGAGGAUAUCGGCUCCUCCAGGGUCCGGUACUGGGACCUCCUGCUGCUCAUUCCCAAUGUGCUCUUCUUCAUCUUCCUGCUCUGGAAGCUUCCCUUAGCUCGGGCCAAGAUCCGUGUCACCUCCAGCCCCAUUUUUAUCACCUUCUACAUCCUGGUGUUUGUGGUAGCCCUGGUAGGCAUUGCCAGGGCUGUGGUUUCUAUGACAGUCAGCGCCUCUGAUGCUGCGACAGUUGCUGACAAGAUCCUGUGGGAGAUCACCCGCUUCUUCCUGCUGGCCAUUGAGCUGAGUGUGAUCAUCCUGGGUCUUGCCUUUGGUCACCUAGAGAGCAAGUCCAGCAUCAAGCGGGUGCUGGCUAUCACCACAGUAUUGUCUCUGGCCUACUCAGUCACCCAGGGGACCUUGGAGAUCCUGUACCCUGACUCCCAUCUUUCAGCUGAGGAUUUCAACAUCUAUGGCCACGGUGGCCGGCAGUUCUGGCUCGUCAGCUCUUGCUUCUUCUUCCUGGUCUACUCACUGGUGGUAAUUCUCCCCAAGACCCCACUGAAGGAGCGUGUAUCCCUGCCCUCACGGAGGAGUUUCUACGUGUAUGCAGGCAUCCUGGCCACACUCAACCUGCUGCAGGGUUUNGGGAGUGCUCUGCUCUGCGCUAACAUCAUUGUGGGGCUCUGCUGUGUAGAUGCCACCACCUUCCUGUACUUCAGCUUCUUUGCACCGCUCAUCUAUGUGGCCUUCCUCCGUGGCUUCUUUGGGUGAGUGAUGGCCAGGCCUCGGCACGCUAAUGUGGCAGCACCUGCACCUUCUGUGUGUGCGUGGUAGUGGAGGUGGGUGUGCAGAGGGCACAGAGCGGCAUGUGAGUGCAUCUGCAUAGAUGCUCUCUGUGUGUGUGGUGAGAACAGGUGCACACCCCAGAGACAGGGCUGCAGUUCAGCAGUGCUGUUCCCUUACCUAGUGUGUCAGCAAGCACCUGCUGUGAGCUAUUGUACAGAGAGCAGGGGAGCAAAGCAGGCAUGAGUGUGUGCCUGGAAGGGACCCUGAGGGACCACAGUGAGCUGGGGCAUAGGUGCAGGUGGGGAGUGUCUGAGGCCAGGAUUCAGGGACAGGACUAGCUGCAGUAUGAUCUGGUGGAGUGCAGGCAGGGGUUUGCUGUCCAGUUGAGGCUGGGCGGUAGACAUGGGCUGUCUCAGGGGAAACCUAGGUGAGGCUGUAUCAGGNUGCUGCCUGUUCCAUCUGCACAGGCUGCUGCUCUGUUGAACCUCUUCUAGCUAUCCUGAAGACAGUGACCAGGUUCAGGAGUAGUGGGUAGUCAUAUGCUGCA